AUGUUUAUUGUGUGGAUUCGGCGGUUGUUAGGUACUAAGCUUCCCUGCGCCGAAGCUAUCAAGUAUCUACUCCAACAUUCGUCCUUUGCGCUUGAGCAUAGCGCCGUCGUACUCCUCGAGAAAUGCGCGCAAAUUGUGCUCCUUGAUAGCAUGAAGGCCGUCUUGCCGGGAAACCCGCGCUCGAGGCUCCAAGGGCUAGCCUCGGGUUACUGGGACUCUCGACACAUCAACAACCAACUCAACCGAUACUUGCGAGCUUUGAACUCGACUAACGAGGGUGUAUCGCGAUGCCAUGGAAUUCUGCAGACAGUCUACGACGAGGGAGAACAAACCCUGGAAGCCAUCGCAUUUGAUGAGGCGACAGGCAAGAUUGCUACCUGCACGCUGACACAAGUUCGCGUGUAUAAACCACUUGGAUCGCGCGAGGACACAUUGAAGUGGGCUCUUCAAACGACUUUCGACAUUCCUUUCCCCAACCCCGACGAAACGCCGUGUACAUUAUCCUGGGGCAGCUCCGAGGAGCUUCUGGUGGCCACUCAAUGCAUAUACCUAUUCGAUACCAAGACCGAACCGAGGUGUCUCUGGCAGAAAGAGCUGCCGAGUAUCGCCAAAUAUGCCAUAUUAUCAUAUGACUCGAGAUACAUCGCUUCGACGGGCCAUCAUGAUCACUUAAUCAAGGUCUGGCGCAGACUCAAUUUUGGUGCCGACCAAGUUCGCUUCGACCUCACAUAUCUUCGACACCCGAACAUUAUAACAUCGGUGAGGUGGCGCAGGCCAUUUCACGUAGAACAGGCCUCGGAUAACGUCUUGUACACCGUAUGCCUUGAUAAAUGCAUCCGCGUGUGGACGCCGACCGACACGCCUGAUGGGAAGCACUGGCAACUAUGGGGUCAGGUUGAUGUUUCUGCACCGUCGCAAGAAAACCCAGAAGGGGUUGACAUGCGCUUUGCUCUAGUUCUCGACGGAAGAGAUUUCACAGCUUCCGUUGAACAAGCCGUGCAGGCGCGAAUGUCUGACGACUUGAAUACUGACGACCCUGUCGCUCUCGACCACCUGGUCGCAAUCGCAACCAAAAACCCAGAGAUCUGCAUAGCCUUCGAUGGGAAAGGAAUUAUGUCAGCCUGGGCCCUGGAGAACGUUGGUAGCACCACUGCGAGUUCGCCAACUCUCUUCAAGGUGGCCCAAGUUACCGACGUUCAUUUUGAACUUCUUGGUAAAUUUCUACCAGUUCACGAGACCCCACAUACCGAAAUCCAGACGUAUUGCGACAAAGAAAGUGGUGUCUUCAGUGGAAGCGUUGCCGAUUUAUUCGAUCCCACCACAAACGAUCGGCGCCUCUCAUUACAGACGAUCUGGUCUGGUCAUUCGUCUUCUAUCACCAAGAUUGUACGAAACUACAGCGGCAGAGCAGUGGUCUCUCGCACACAAGAUGGCGAGAGCAUUGUCUGGAAACAUCUAUUGGCCCCCCAGGAUAACUCAGGCCUUGCUCUUACAAGGGCGAGCGUCAUACCAGAAAAGGGGCAUAUACAUCGAAUAUGUGUGUUGAGAAAGGGGCGGUUCGUGGUAUUCCUUCGCCACGAAACUAUUUCGCUUUGGGAUUGCAGGACUCGCCGAGCUGCUCUCCUCGCCCAAUGUGAUUACAAGGCUACGGGAAAACCACUUUGCCUUAUCAUAUUGCCUCGGUCAGAUGUCAAGAAUUAUACCGUCGCCCACAUCGCAACUAUAACCUCGGAAGGGCAAGGCAUUGUGUGGGAGAUUCAAUUGCCUAGUUACUUCGACGAUCCAAAAACACUAGUUGGCGCAGGUCUUGAAGAGCUGAGCCGUUUCGAACUAAAAGACAUAAAGAACCUGGCAUACGUUCUGCCAGUAGAUCCUGCUGGCUCUCAGCCUGUUGUCUCAGGAUUUCUAGAUAUCUUUGCUCGCGACGUCGCCAUUUCUUAUACUCACACAGGCCGCGUGGACUUCUGGACUGCACGAGUUGACCCUGAACAGCGUAGUGUCGGAUGGCUAUCCACAUGCACCACAGAGACGGGUAUUUCCCAGCCAGCAUUGGUUAGUGGAAGUACCUUGAAGAAGGCCGCUCUGGUGAAUAUGUCGCGAUCGCAGCUUACAAUCUGGGACAUUGGUGGUGCUCGUCUUGAGUACGAAAAUAACUUCCAAGAACACCAGGUUAUACAAGACUUGGACUGGACAUCAACGCCUGAUGGUCAAUCGAUCCUCGCCGUCGGCUUCCCUUAUCGAGUUAUCCUACUUUCCCAAAUGCGAUUUGACUAUCUCAACAAAGGCCCAGCUUGGGCUCAGAUUCGCGAGAUCAGCAUUCGAGAACUUACACCACACCCAAUUGGCGACUCAACCUGGCUGGGCGAUGGCCACUUGGUUAUUGGCGCAGGUAACCAAAUGUUUGUACAGGACAGACAUGUUGGGGUCUCUGAGUCGACGAAGGCGGAUCUGCGGCUUCCCUUACGUAAAGACGGCAACUUGGACCUGUUCCAGGUUGUCCAACGGUUCAACGGUCCUUUGCCAGUAUUUCACCCCCAGUUUCUCAUUCAAUGCAUUUUAUCAGGGAAAGCCAAGCUUGUACGGCGCAUCCUAGUGAACUUGUAUAAGACGUUAAAGUACCAUAUCGAAGGCGAGACUCUGGAUGACUACCUGGGGAUGGAUAUAACCGAGUUCUAUGUACCUGGGCAAAGCCACACCCUGGCCAGUGACAGGUCCAACGGCGUCUAUCUCAAUGGAAACCAGACUGAUGACAUCGAUGAUGAAGAUGUUUUCACCGAGCAGACUGCCGUAUCGAUUAAUGAAAAAUUAGUCAAGACUAACAUUGCACAACUUUCUGGACACGAGCAAAUUCAACUAGCAGACAUUGUCGAAUGUGUAUCGCUUGUUGAACGUCACCGUCGUUCGAUGGACGAAAACGGGGCUCGAUUUAUGCUGCUGUUCCGUCAACAUGCUCUCCGCAAAGGACGCACUAAUGAAAUGCAUCUAUCAUGGCGAGAAAUCAAUUGGGCCUUUCAUUCCAACAGCCAAGAUAUUCUAGUAGACUUUGUAUCGCGACAGAACCAUGGCAACAUGCUGUGGGAGCACGCCCGUGAGAGUGGCUUGUUCAUGUGGUUGACCGAUCCAACUGCGCUGAAAGCUCAGUUUGAGCUGAUCGCCCGCAAUGAAUAUACGAAAAACGAAGUCAAGAACCCAGUUGACUGCAGUUUAUAUUACCUUGCCCUUCGCAAGAAAACCAUUCUUCAAGGCUUGUGGAGAAUGGCGAACUGGAAUAAAGAACAGGCAGCGACCCAUCGAUUAUUAGCAAACAACUUUGAAGACCCCAAAUGGAGAUCGGCGGCUCUGAAGAACGCCUAUGCUUUGCUCAGUAGGAGACGUUUUGAGUAUGCCGCUGCGUUUUUCCUUCUUGCUGACCACCUCCAUGACGCCGUUCAGGUCUGCUUGAAUCAACUCAAAGACAUGCAACUUGCCAUAACUAUAUCUCGGGUAUAUGAAGGCGAUGACGGACCGGUACUGCGCCGACUCCUCCAAGAUACAGUUUUGCCACUCGCAGCUCAAGAAGGCAACCGCUGGCUGGCUGCGUGGGCAUUCUGGAUGCUUGGCCGGAAGGAUGUCGCUGUACGAGCACUCAUUACUCCGGUUUACACACUCCUGGAAACACCUUGCUCCCCCGACAUCAAGUCUCGGCUGUACCUUACUGACGACCCUGCUUUGGUCGUACUCUAUUCUCAUUUGCGUCACCAAACGUUACAGACUUUAAGAGGAGCCUCUAAGAUCACCCCGAAAGUCGAGUGGGAGUUUGUGCUACACAGUGCAAAGCUGUACGACCGAAUGGGUUGUGAUCUCCUCGGGUUGGAUAUAGUACGGAAUUGGGAGUUCCAGAAGUCCCCAGGACCAAGUGGCCUUGGUGGGGAGGUCAACCCCCUUAAGCUGCUUCGAAGGAGAAGCUCGCUAGUAGUUGCUGACUUGCCAUCACCCACUCUUCGCUUUGAGUCACAUCGAGAGAACAAGAAGACGGUCAAGGCGCCCCCAACGACUUUUGAGGAGCCAGAUGCAGGGUCCCUUCUGGAUAGCUUUGGGUUUUGA